CGUUGAGUCGUCUUACAUAGAAAUAUCUGUGGCAUGUCACACGAUGCGCUCCGGCGCCGCACCGGACCUACGAGACGGGGAAGGUGAAUGCGUUGCGACGCCCCAAAGUAGGACAAAUUCAAGGUAUCUGAUGGUUGGCAACCCAACGAUGAACAGUGAUGUCAUUCUAGUGAUUGCUACUGACUACCUACAUUAGGUAUUAUUCGACGCUACUUGUAUCGUCUAUGUUAUAAUCGAAGAGGACUAGGAUUUUGAAACCUACUCGAAAUCCGAACUUAUCAACGAUUACAAUUUAGUGCUCUUUGGUCUCAGCCGAUUAUUACCUGACUAUACCGUGUCCAAAAGCAGGAGUAGGAACAGGAUGGUUUUUAGUCUGUAAAAGUCUGACACUCGCGCUUCACACAAGGCGAGAGAAGUCAUUGGAUAAUUUUCUCCACUUAAAAAAAUACUUAUACUAUACCGCUAUACUUAUUAUACUCUUUGGAUAGAACAUAGAACUUGUGUGUUGCUGACAAAACUGCUGACUUCUAAAAACGUCAACAAAUAAAUACGUCAAUGAAUCAAUCGCAAAUUGAAUGGUUUUUACCGAUUAGCUGCGUAAUAUUAUAAUAUCUCUAUAAUACUUAUUUAGCCACAUUUGCAAUGAGUUAUCUAUACAGUUGUGGAAUUUGUUGUGGCCUGCUCAGCAUAUGGGGAGCGGUACAGCUGUUUUUCAUGGGAAUAUGUUAUCACCUCGAAGUGGUCACGCUUUUAGAAGAUGUUGAAGAAGAAGAAUAUGAAGAUUAUGACGAUUUUAUUAAGAAAACUGAAGCCAAUUAUCGCGCGGUGGCGGUGAACUGUUGGGUUGCGUCAGUAAUAUACGUGAUCCUCAUCGGAGUGUCGUACUGGUGUAUUGUGAAAGCCAAGAAAGAAAUGGAGGUAGAAGCGUUGAAGUUAGAGGAUGACGAGUACGUAUGUACUCCUAAACCGCCUCAGAGGAUGAACCCUAAGAAAGUUAAAUAAUAAAUUCCACAACCUUUUUAGUAUUUACUUAGCUAAUAAAAUAUUUUAAGAUUUUCUA